GCGACACCAACAAGAACCUCGUCUUCGUCUACAAUUGCGCGGUUCCUCCUAGCGUACAGCUGCAAAGGCCAUGCGCUAACCACACAAUGGGAGCUUACAUCUCCGAGGGCGCCGGGCCGUGGGGAGUUCCGACGACCUGCAGCUCUGUGAGCGUGCCGGUGCGCGGGUUCCACGAUGGAAUGGAGCCAGCUCGUGACCACGAGCGAUUGAUCAGCGACGGGCUUCUCUUGGAGUGGCCGCCGACGGGAGACUGUGCUGCCUGCAAACGGGGCGGAUGGGAGUGCAGGUUCGUCCAACGUUCGUUCCAGUGCGCCUGCCCCGACGGGCUGCCCUGCUCUAGCACUCUUCGAGGUGUCGCCAGUACUGCCAGGAAGAUAAUCAUAGGUAUGCCAAAAUCAUUUAGUACACAUUGACUAUUAACAUAAACGUUUUAAGCAAGCAGCCAGCCCUUAAUUGUGUUAUCUGAGGGCAUCCACUAUCUUUUCACACCGUAGCUUUUUAGUACCUUGUAGCAAGAGAACCGAGUCUAGCCUGGUUGGUAGAGGAUCCCGGGAGGAGUCUGCCUACCCGGGCGCGCACAAUAAUAUCAUAUGGAUAUGAGUGGCGGAGUCAAAAAUUAAAUCAAGGGGAACGGAGAUCUAGUUCAGAUUUCACAAUUGACAGUGAAAAAGUACUUGCGUG